CGGAACCCUCGGACUGCAUUUCUACGGUUUGAAUAAGAACGAAGUAUUGCCCAACAACUAGAACUCACUCAAUACGUGCUUGGCGAGCGGGACAGAAGAACAUCCGCUGUAUUCCUUGUGCAGAAGCUUUCCUACCAAUUGCUUCAUCGAGGUUCAUACCUUCAAUCUGUACAUUAAUAGCAAAACGAUGACCGACCCCAAAUCCCUCGAGAAACUUCGACCAUGCGGUCGCCUCGAAACCCAUUCAACUGUACGACAUGACCUAGGAUUAUACAACAACGUCGCCUGUGCGGCAUACUAUUCCCCCCCAAACCCAGUCCAGCCCGCGCCACUUGAACCACUAAUCCACUCCGCGCUUGGAAAAGUAAUCUUCUCUCACCCAAUCCUCAGCGCUAUUCCUCUGAACGAAAACACCUCUUCCCCGUAUUUCGCCCGUCUCCCCACCAUCGAUUUGCGGAAAUGUGUUUUCUUUGUAAAACGUAAAACAGGGUUUCACAAAGGCGGUGACGAUGCCGAAUUGGAUUCUAUUAUUGCCGAGCAGCAUAACCAGAACUUCAAAUCCGAGCUCGGGAGUCUUCCAUUCUGGCGGCUCGUCGUAUUGACCAAUUCACCUCCAGCUACCAAGAACCAAUUCGCUGCUACGUGGAUAUUCCAUCACGCGCUCGCGGACGGUGCUUCGGGACUUGCUUUUCAUCGCGCGUUUCUCGCUGCUUUACAGUCUCUUUCUUCCACCCCUCCCCCAGGAAUGUCGGAGAGUGGAGCUGCAGAAAGCGCGAUAAUCAACACACCAACAACUCCUCUCCUCCCUCCUCUGGAAUCCCUCCACCCCCUCCCCCUAUCCAUUCCCUUUCUCCUCAAAGCGCAGUGGACAGACUGGUUCCCCUCCCGGCCCACCACUCUCUGGACUGCUAAACCCAUCACAUCCGACCCAGCAUCCCGAGAAACAAAAUUCCGCUCCAACACACUAUCCCAACAAGCCACAACCCGCCUCGUCCAAGUAAGUCGUGAGAAUAAAACUAGCGUGACUGCGACUCUGGAAUGCCUUGUUGCUGCAGCCAUAUUCUCACACCUCCCUGGAGCAGAAGAGGGAGGGGGGGUUGAUAGGGUUACAGCAUGUGGAGCGACGAGUUUGAGGAGGUUCUUACUAAAGGAGAUGGUGAGUGAUGAGAGUUUGGGGUGUUGGGUUAGUCGGUAUGGAUUUGAGCAUCGGCGGACAAGGAAGGGUGACCCGUUUUCUUGGGCUGAGGCAAGGAAAGUUCGCCAAACGAUUAAUAAAGAGUUGGAUAAAAAGGGCAAAGAUUCUACGGUUGGACUACUCCGCUGGGUGCCGGAUUUGCAUAAAUUCUUCCUCGGGAAGAUGGGGAAAGAGAGGGGGGAUUCUUUUGAGUUGUCGAAUGUUGGGGUGUUUAAGGCGUCGAGGAUGGUGGAGGGCGAAGGGUGCUGGAGGGUAGGCAAAGUGGUUUUUAGUCAGAGUGGGAAUGUAGUGGGUGCGGGGUUUGAGGUUAGUGUUGUGACGGGUGGAGAUGGGUGUUUAGUUUUGGGAAUUGCUUGGCUAGAGGGGGUUGUUGAGGGGUCGUGGAUAGAGAUGGUGAUUGGGAGUUUGCGGGCAGGGAUUGAGGAGUUGACGAAAGCAUAGAAGCACAGAUAAAACAG